GAGGAUCCGUUUACCGAAGUCCAUACGCUUUCCACCAGAGCCACAUAGAAAUGCUCAAGAGAUUUAAGGUGUGGACUUACAGAGAAGGAGAGCAUCCCUUGGUACACAAGGGGCCCCUGAAAGAUAUUUAUGCAAUAGAAGGUCAAUUCAUAGCGGAAAUGGAGAUUGGAAUGAACCCUUUGACGGCUCCCCAUCCUGAUGAAGCGCAUGCAUUCUUUAUCCCCAUUAGCGUAGCUAACAUUGUUAAUUAUGUUUACAUGCCCGUCACUAACUAUUCUCGGGAACAGCUGCAAAGGUUGGUUGAAGACUAUAUAGGUGUCAUAGCAAACAAGUAUCCAUAUUGGAAUAGAAGCAAUGGAGCUGAUCAUUUCAUGGUUUCAUGUCAUGACUGGGCACCAGAUAUUUCAGAUGCCAACCCUCGACUCUUCAAGAACUUCAUCAGAGUUCUUUGCAAUGCCAAUACCUCCGAAGGGUUCCAUCCUGGGAGAGAUGUAUCACUGCCAGAGGUAUAUGGACCAGCUGAAACUCUAGCCAUCCCAGACAAAGGCCUAGUCCCAAAAAUGCGCCCCAUCCUUGCCUUCUUUGCUGGAGGAGUCCAUGGCUACAUAAGGGAGAUGUUGUUUGAGCACUGGAAAGACAAGGAUAACGACAUAAGAGUCCAUCAAUACCUCCCAGAGGGUCAAAAUUACACUCAGCUAAUGGCUCAAAGCAAGUUUUGCCUGUGCCCAAGUGGAUAUGAAGUGGCCAGUGCUAGGGUGGUUGAAGCCAUAUACGCAGGAUGUGUUCCAGUUAUAAUUUCUGACCAUUAUUUUUUACCAUUCAGUGAUGUUCUAAACUGGAAUGAGUUUUCUGUCAGCAUUCCAGUUGAUAAGAUCCCAGAUAUGAAGGAAAUUUUGCUAGGAAUUUCCGAGACUAGGUAUGUAAGAAUGCAAAAAAGAGUGAGGAGGCUGCAAAGGCACUUUAGGCUGAAUAGGCCGGCUCGGCCCUUUGAUGUAAUUCAUAUGGUGCUGCACUCCGUGUGGUUAAGAAGACUGAAUCUGAGGCUGCCUACUUGA